AUGUCCCUGGUACAGGCCUCGCUUGGAGAUGACUUUCCCGGUGAUUCCGCCAAUUCUUGGAUGCAUUUGGUCUGCAAUCUGUCUCAAUAUCUUGGGUUGCAGGGGACGCCGAAAGAUGACGGCGAAGAUCGCGAAGGCCGUGACAUGCGGGACUUCGGCAACUUCGGCCCCAUGCAGAACAACAUGGUUGAACGACCUAAAAUAUGA